AUGCCCGCAGGCACCCUCUCCACGGCCGGACUCGGCGACGUCGUCCCGACCACCUCCGCCGCCAAGCUCUUCCUCGCCUGCUACGCGCCGCUCGCCGUCUGCGCCUUUGCGCGCGCCGUUUGCUCCGGCCCUCUGGUCCAGAAGCUCGGCCUGAGCGACAACGACGCCACGUGCACGCGCGACCAGUUCACGCUGCUGACGCUAGUGAGCGAGCGGGACUUGGACGAGUGCCGCGCCGCCUUCGCCGCCCUCGACGCGACGCGCAGUGGCCGCCUGACGACCGAAGACCUCGAGGCGUGGCAGCAGGCGCCGCGGCUCGAACUCCGAGUCGAGUCCUUCCUCUACCGGCGGCGCGUGCGGAAGCUGGCGCGCCUCGGCGGGGCAUUGGGACCGACACACACCGCCACCGCCACGGAAGGCGCGUCGGCGGCGGCGGCGGCCGACGCGCUCGCCCAAGGCAAGAUUCUCAAGUUCUGCUGA